UUACACGGCAAACUAGAACCUGUUACGAAAAGUGGAGGUGGUUUAGCAGUCAAAGCUGCUGUUCUCAUUCUAAUUUCGUACUCCGAGUCGUAUCAUUUUGGCUGCAAAACGAGUCGUCCCGUUUUGCAUAACCCGAGAACCGGGAAGGUGUUAUUUGUGUAACAAAUAUAAUGCUGAAAGUAAAUCAGUGUUUAAGACACUACUAGUGGUUUUAAUGCUUGCAAUAAGUUGACGGAUAUUCCUAUAAUUAUUAUAUUUGUGAGUGUUGUGAUAAACUGGGAAAUACACUAAAUAAAUUUAAGGAAAUGGCAGAAAGUAGAGGAUCAUUAUUAGCCAAAUCAGUACAAAAACAUGCAGGCAGGGCAAAAGAGAAGCUUCUUCAAAAUCUGGGGAAGGUAGACCGGACAGCAGACGAAAUAUUCGAUGAGCAUUUGCAAAAUUUCACAAGACAGCAGAACUGUGCAAAUAGGUUACAGAAGGAAUUUUCCAACUACAUUAGAUGCAUAAGAGCCGCCCAGGUUGCCUCAAAAUCACUACUUGAAGCAAUAGGAGAGACGUAUGAAAGCCAAUGGACAGGCCACGAUCACUUAUACGUACAGUGUCAGUCGGUAGACAUGUUGUGGCAGGAUUUCAGUCACAAACUUGCUGAUCAAGUGCUACUUCCUCUGAACACCUACCAGCAACAGUUUCCAGAAAUGAGGAAAAAAAUCGACAAACGUGGCCGAAAACUAGUCGACUACGACGGACAAAGACAUAGCUUCCAGGCCAUGCAGACCAAUAUGAAGAAAAGAGACGAAGCGAAGAUCAACAAGGGUAAAGAACAACUGGAGGAAGCGAAAAGGACGUAUGAAAUAUUGAAUUCUGAACUACACGACGAAUUGCCCGCCUUGUACGAUUCCAGAGUUUUAUUCCUAGUGACCAAUCUUCAGUCUCUUUUCAAUGCGGAGCAAACUUUCCAUUUUGAAGCUGCUAAGGUUUUCGAAGAACUAGAAGCUGUAGUCGACAAGUUAGCAACAGACAGUCAGAGGGGAUCAUACAGUGUGAAAAAAACUAACGGAUCUAGUCUUCCACGUAACACGAAUUAUAAUAAUUCGUCACUUAUUAUAAAUAAUAUCUCACCUUCAAAACCAUCUCUACCUGAACAACCUCCGCAGUCUCCCCUAAAAACCGACCAACCAAAACCAGAACUAACAAACCAGUCCUCGGUCGAUUCGGAGACACCGUCCGACCCGCCGUCCGAACCCCAGUCCCCCGCCAAACCCGAGCCCCCCAAAGAAACAGAAACACUCCCGCCUAGCACCAAUGGCGUCCCGGUGGAGCCAGUGGCGGCAGCGACCGCCUCAGCACCCCCCGAACCUACACCAGACAGGCCUACCAGUGAGCAGAACGGACUCGAGGUUGUAGAGAGUAAGUCCACCCCCACUCCAGAACCCCCCACCCCUAAUAAAGCUUCUAGCGAUGCAGCUGCUGUUAAUAACGUAACCGCAACCCCUAACAAUGUCAGCUCCGUCAGUAAAAAGCUCGAAGAACUGUAUGACAUUCCUGUUGGUGCAAGCAGGGAUAAUUUACCACCAGGGGUGUUAUAUAAGGUCAAGUCGACUUACAAGUACAACCGCGAAGACGUAGAUGAACUUUCAUUUGAUGUGGGAGAAAUAAUACAAGUGGUAGAAUAUGAUGACCCAGAAGAGCAAGAGGAAGGUUGGUUAAUGGGAAUUAAGGAAACAACAGGUGAAAAGGGCAUGUUCCCAGCAAACUUCACAAGGCCUAUUUAAACAUCCUACCUAAGACCCGUUUUCAAUAAGAUCAAGUGCCUUAAAACAUAGAUUUUACCAUUGGUCGUGAAUUUCUUCACAAGAAAUUCUCUUUUAAAAUAGCUUGAAUAUUGGCUUUUUGACAAAUAAAAUAUAUUGAAAAUUCUAAGAACAAAUCACAAAGUGCUCAUACUACUUGUAAUAUCAAAGACUUUGUAAAACGUUUUCCUUAUUAACAAUAAUUUAAACAAUGUAUCCAUUUGAAUUUUGAAAUCAAUUUAGCAGCGCUGAAUUAUGUUUAUUGAAAGAAUGUGCUGCCAUCUUGUACCUACGAAUGUAUACAUUCAAAAGGGAUAGAUAUAUAGGACAACUAUUUGAUAUUUUGUCGACACAUGCAUAAUGAUUUGUUUUUUUUUACUCUUAUAGUUUUACUAUAGAAAGCAUUUCAUUCAAUAAGUAAGAAUUAUUUUAUGAGAAAAAAGUGAGUUUUAUAUGAAUGUUAUCGGUUAUUUGGUCUGUAUUUUGAAGGACAGAAAGUUUUUUCCCUUGCCGAAACUCUAUUGAUAAUGCUGAAUUGCCUUCAGUUAUUUUCAAGAUAUUUCUGCUAGUGUUUGCUCAAGAAAUCAAUGAACAUGGAGGUAGACUCAAAAUAAUUCGAACUCAUCUCUAGUCAUACAUCUUCUUUUCUAAAUCACACAAUUUAUCAGAAAGUGCCAAAAUAAGCGGUUUUCAUAUCUCUUCAAGCACUCGUCUCUGAAAAAUGUCUUCUUGUAAUUGUUUAUCAAAUUUAUUACUGAUGUAUGUUGAUGGUUCUCACACCAAUAUAAAGAAUUUAUACUGUUAUCGUUAUUUCAUUUAUUCCUUUAUUGUUAUAAUUAGGUUUUUUUCUCAAAUUCACAGGAAAGACAUUUUUCAUUGAUAUUUCACUUUUGCCUUCAUUCAUUGAAACAAGUCUGUUCGAGAAUUUAUUUUGUAAAUAUUUUUGUUUGUUCGAUUGGUAUUUUAUAUGAUUGAAGUUGACGUUGUUAUGUUUUGUUAGUUUAUUCAACCAAGACUUAUGGAUAUUUAUUGAGGAAUAGGUCUGCUUUUCUUCCCGAAAAUAUUUGCAAAGUAUUACGAGAAGUUUUUUCUCCCUUAUGAAAGAAAACAGUGUAGCUAUAUUAGUUUUUUUACAAAAGACCAUAUUACAGUAAAUUGCAUAAAGAAUUAUAUUAAGAUACAGAUUUUCUUGACGAAUUUGUCAAAUAUCAUAACAUUUGAAAAAAUUUAGUUGAAUUGAAUUGAUUUAAUGAAGAAAUUGCAUCUUAUAUUUUUUUUUAUUUCCGACAAUCCAAUAAAGGAUAUUUAUCGUUUGAGGAAUUAUUGACCCUAUACUGCUGCAAUUUUUGUUUUUCAUAACUACUAAAUCAUGCUCGGUUAGUGGUUGAUUUCGCUUAUAUUCAUUUUAUUAUUUUUUGUAAUUCAUUACCAUUUUCCCUAAUACAGCUAAGGAUUGUUGAUCUUAUAUCCAUGUAUUAUAAUUUAUUUCUACUUCCUUAAUUAUUAUUUUACCACUGUUAAUGACUAAUAAAUAGGUAGAAUGUAUGUUUGGAAUAUUUAAAUAAAAUAAAUUAUUGAAAUUA